CAGCAGAUGUGCUCUCUGGCGGCGAUAGCAGCGUCACGGUGCGGAUGUCGCAGGCGCAGGCGCUGGCGCAGGCGCAGUCCUCCAACUGCAUCAUCACUGGCACCGCCCAGUACCACGUCCUGUUUUCUUGCUUCGCGCCGUAGCAUAUGCCACCUACUACUGGGUCUUGCACAUCGGAUAACUGGAGACUCAGCUCGCCGAUUCAUCAUUGCUUGGGCCUGAUAUCCACACGGCCAGGUACACGGCCUCGCGGAUACGAUUGAUUCUAUUCUUUCUGUUGCGCAUUGAUCAUUAUUGAUCUAUCCUCGGACCACGUUUUCUCAACUUCUCAUUAUUUCUUCCGUCCGCCGCUUCUCACACUCGCUGCCUGCGCUCUGUACCAUCGAGUCACCACGCUUCACACACUCUCUCCCUCGCUCUCGUUGAAGACAAGCCCGUCGAUAUUGCCAGCGCACCCUGCAAGAUAACACUCUUGCAGUUGAUACUGCGCCAUAUCACUCCAGGCCUGCAUCUCGAUUGGGGCUCCAUCCUGAAACAGAUCCUCGCGGGUGUCAAUAUCCCUGUCACUUCCCCCGCCACCCGAGCGACCAUACCAAGUCCACCCUGCUAUCCACGGCCUCCGGACAGCUCAAACACCCAGGUGGAAGCCUCAGCAUAACACAAUCCUUUCCCUCCCUCAACUCACUACUGCCUCCCCGGUCCGAUUAUUUUCUCAUCUUCUCUUUUCGCUUUGGAAAACGUCCGCCGUCGCGUCGUUCUUGAACAAGGUCACCACCAAACGCCGAUAUUCGUGGAAAUCACCAAUAUCUUGUCCUUGGUUACUGGUAGCGUUGUCCAACCCGCAGCCAGACUAUCGCUAUCGCAAUCUCCACCAACGUUAUCGCUGGCGCCAUGGCAACAGCAGCCUCUCCUCCAUCCUCUCCACAAGAGGUACAUCAUGAUCACCGCCCCCGGGCUCAUACAGUCAUGAGCUUCCACUCGGGACGGUCUCAUCGAAGUAGUCUGUCGGCCAACAGACUCGAAUUGACAGAGUCUGCGAAAGAUAAAAAGAGGUUACACACAAAGGCAGAUCCUUCGAAGGCAUUGAACGAGGCUACCCCAGCCGAGCAAGCGCUAGAAGAGUCAACCGUCGAUGAUUUGCGCAAGAUGGUGCAUAAGGACAGUGAAGGAAACAUCAUCACCGAGCCUGACAGAUCCAACCCUACGCGACAUCGUUUUGAGAGGCCUCUCGAUACCAUCCGUGCGUUCGAGGCGGCCGCCGAAGGGACGACCACACGUCGGGCCUCCUUUCAGAGCCGACCAGCAUCCCAAGUCGGUUGGAAUGCAGGCGAUGCAAGUCGUCGCGCAAGCUACUAUUCUAAUUCCGGGUACUCCCCUCAGCGACCACGCCCAACUCCAGGCUCCGGGUACUAUCGCAAUUCCUCCUACGGUUUUAAUGGGCCUCAAGGCUCCCUAGAAGAAGCUCCGGGAGCGGCACAAAUGCAAGCCCGAAAUGGCCGACCACCAUCAAAUGCGUACGGACCCCCGAACGGCUACCACAACGGACAACCGAAUGGAUAUCCCAACGGUGACAGCCCCAUAUCCGCGCACUCUUACCAGCAAUCAUACGAGACCAUGACCUCGGGGUCCGACGAUUAUUCGAAGUCGACCAAUCCCAGCUCGCAGAACAGUUCUUUCGAUCAACUACACCAGCUUCGCAAGCCUGAGGAGUACCCCUCGGACAAUCCCUACGCCAAUGAACUUCGACUCGGUCAACUGUCCGGCAACAAACAAUUCUCCCCUUAUGAAAUGAACAAUGGGUACAUUGGACAGGGGGCGCCCUCGCAAGGUGCAAUGCAGCGUCAAGAGUACCUCCCUAACAACCCUCGCCAACCGAUCAAACUCAACGGCUCUUCGUCCGACCCUCCUUUCAACAGCAACAAUGCCAAAGGGUCGUCUAACGCAUCAACGACUCCCAAGAAAAAGAGCUGGAUCAAACGCCGAUUUAGCCGUCAGGAAGACUGAUGGAGCAAAGUCAAAAGCUGAUCAGUAUGACUGGCAUUUUCCCGGCAUAUUUUGUAGGGGCGGUGACAGGCUUUGAGAAAACUCAUGGGUGCAUGGGCCGUAAGCCCAUAUAUUUGAACCGGAAGCUCUCAAGAGGCGAGCGCUUUCUCACCAUAAUGUUUGAUGUAAUAUUGACGAACACUGAGCCGGGCUUGGUUGAUGUGGCCAUGACUAUGCCGGCCCUGAGGUUGUGAUCUUCAGCUGCGAGAUCUGAAAGCGGCCUCGAGGCCAAUAGUUACCCGUGGGAGGGCAUGCGGGUUUUCGCUAUAUUGUGCAGGUCACGCCCAUUUUAUAGCCAAAAACCACUGGAGCCAUGUCAAUCAAACUAUUUUCAACUGAGUCCGCUUGAAGCAUUUCGGCAGAGUGCCUAGGCGUCGUUUUUCUCUUUUGAGUGGGCGUUACAUCAUUACUGGGUUUUCUUUCCCUUCUUUCCGGCCUCUAUUUUAUCGGUCUGGUCCUCUUUCAUUGCAACAAUAAUGUAUGCAACCAGGACGACGUUAGCCAUGAUUGCGGCAAAUGCGCCAGCAUAUGUGGCAUUGCCUAACGAGUUGGAUGUAUCAGGAUGCAAGUAUCGCACAGCAGGCGCAGAUGGACAAGAUAUUUCCUUACCGCCGAAGACAAGAUUGACCGAUAGAAAAUAUGACCCGAUUGGGAAAAAUAUCAUAGCCAUCGUGAAGCCGAGAAGUUUGUAGAUCACAGAACUGAGUCCAAUUAGAUCCCCGGCAUAGACUCUUCGCUUCUUUGCUUGUAAAAGUAAAGAUGAAGAUGAAGAUGCCACUUACGCUGGCACGGCUGGGGAAGUAUCUGAGACUUGUGUCGAAGUUGAUGGACCGCCUUGCGCCUCGGAUAUGGCCUUCUGCGCGGCGACAUUGCGGCGUGUUGCCAUUGUGAUAGCAAUGGGAUAAUACUUCAAAAACGUCGGAAUCGUUGGCGACUGAG